CAACUGCAACUGCAACUGCUGCUGCUGCUGGGCCCAGCCCCCGUGCUCAGCUCCAGCCCGGUGCCCCUGGUCCUCAACACUUGGCCUUUUAGGAACGCAACCGAAGCAGCAUGGAAGACCUUAGCCCUCGGAGGCUCCAGCCUGGAUGCGGUGGAGGGCGGCUGUGCCUCGUGUGAGGUGGAGCAGUGUGACGGCACCGUGGGCUUCGGCGGGAGCCCUGACGAGUCCGGAGAAACCACGCUGGAUGCCAUGCUCAUGGAGGGCACUACUAUGAAUGUAGGAGCAGUGGGUGAUCUUAGACGAAUUAAAAACGCCGUUGGUGUGGCACGGAAAGUGCUGGAACACACAACACAUACACUUUUAGUGGGAGAGUCAGCCACCAGAUUUGCCCAGAGCAUGGGGUUUGUGGACGAGGAUUUAUCUACCAAGGACUCUCGGGCUCUCCAUUCAGACUGGCUUGCUCAGAACUGUCAGCCAAAUUACUGGAGGAACGUGAUACCAGAUUCUUCAAAAUACUGUGGACCCUACAAACCACCCAGUGUCUUUAAGCAAGAUGGUUCUAUCCACAAAGAAACAGGAUAUGGUUACGGUCAUGAUACUAUUGGCAUGGUUGUCAUUGAUAAGAUGGGACACACUGCUGCUGGUACAUCUACAAAUGGUAUAAAAUUCAAAAUACCUGGCCGAGUCGGAGACUCACCCAUACCUGGGUCAGGGGCCUACGCCGACGACACCGCGGGAGCCGCCGCUGCCACUGGGGACGGUGACAUACUGAUGCGCUUUCUCCCAAGCUACCAAGCUGUAGAAUAUAUGAGGAGAGGAAAAGAUCCAACCACAGCGUGCCAGAAAGUGAUUGCAAGAAUCCAGAAGUAUUUCCCAAACUUCUUUGGGGCGGUAAUAUGUGCCAACGUGACUGGAGGUUAUGGUGCUGCUUGCAAUAAACUGCCAGCGUUUACUCAGUUUAGCUUCAUGGUGUAUAAUUCUCUAAAAAGUCAGCCAACUGAGGAGAAAGUGGACUGCAUCUAACCCGUCCUUUCUGUCAGCUCUGCAUUUAAAGAAGAAAAGAGGCUGAAAGGCUCCUCAACCACCACUGUAUAAUGUGCCUCGUGUAGUCUGACUCCUUUGUGUGAAAUAAGCCCUGAAAUAAAUUUUAUGCUGAAACAGCAUUUUCACUUUCU